AUGGAGACAGAUCGCGCUCAGCGCUUGAAUCAACGUCUUCGCGGUGCUGGUCGAGCAAAUGUCACAAGCGACGAGUUCAACCUUGAUCCGCAACUACAGGACCGCGCUGAACGGCUGAAUGAACGUCUUCGCGGAGCCGGUCGAGCAGAUGUCGGAAACGAGAGCUUCAAUCUUGAUCAGGAACCACAAGACCGCGUGCAGCGGUUAGACGAACCUCCUCGCGGCUCUGCUCAAGCCGAGGCUGGAAACGAGGAGCCUGACCAACAACCGCAAGACCGCGCUCAACGGCUGAAUGAACGUCUUCGCGGUGCUGGUCGAGCAGAUGUCGGAAGCGACGACUUCAACCUCGAUAUCGAGGGCAUCGGCGAGCCGUUUGCCCAACCCAGCUCACCUCUACCCGCGACUCGACCAAGCGCCGAAGUUCGCUAUAGCCCAGGGAGUCCGUCUGCCCCUUCCGAGCCGAAUCAGCCGGCGGCCUCUUCGAAUAGAACGCAAGUUCCUCGAUCCAGCCCUCGACCGCUAGCGCCAUACGAUGAAGAAGUCACCGAGAGCCCGAUCCACGCCCCCGGCAGUGGACACCGUCGUCGAGUCCCCGUGCAAGAAGCCUCGGCAAACUCGACUCGCAUGAGGAUUGCGUUAGAGUCGGAUCCUAUCCAGCCCAUUUCCCUGCCGUCUCUCAAUCGACCCUCUCGUCAUAGUCCGGCUCCAACCUCACCGCGAAAAACCCCUAGCCCAGCUGUGCCAUCCGGGACCGAAUCCCUAGGCGAAUCCGAUGAUGCGCAGCUGAUGCCACCACCAAGAGUGCCUCGACCAGCACAAAGGACUUCGCCCGCGAGGAGCCCCGUUCCUGAGCCCCCAUCCGCCGGGGAAGACGAAGCCGAAGAAAUUGGUGAUCGGGCCGCGGCUGCCAUCAUCGGCCAAAAGAGGCCCCGCGUGAGCUUCCAGCCGUCCCCGGAGCUUGGCUCCGAAGAAUCCGACGCCGAGCCCGCCGAGCCCGCCGAGGAACACCCGGCACCCAAACGGCCUCGUACGCAGUCACGUAGAGAGCCAGCGGUACAGCGCCAGCCCAAGCGGCGUCAUGCGGCCGAAGGCCAGAAUAAGAAAUCCAGUCGCCCACGCAAAGAGCCUGCGCAGCGCGCCAACAGUGCCCGCGCGGGCAGCGCCGAUGACGGUGUCAUUGAUAUUACGGUGCAGCGCUUCGUCAACGGCCCCGAUGCCGAGAGCGACGAGGAGGCCCAGGGCGAGAUGGCGCUCACCAACCGCAACAGCGAGACGGUCGUCGAUGUCUUCGCCCAGGUCUGCGAGGAGGUCAUCGCCACGACUCUAGGAAAGUACGAGUAUCUGCGCCAGGAGACGCAGGACGAAGAAAAAAAGAGGGACUGCCGCAUAAAGAUGCGCGCCAUAGAGGCCUUUCGCGAAGAAGUCAGCGCCCAGCUGCUGCAGCAUUCCAUCUACUUGAAUCAUUGGUACUCGCUGCGAAAACGCAUUCGGCAUGUGCAGAAACAGAAGCUUGUGCUACGAAAAGAAAUUCUUCGUCUCAAGGCCGAAAAGGAGCAAGUCGCCCUCCGCAUGGACGGCGUACGCGCUCGCAGCGAAAGAGAUAGCAGCGACUCCAAGCAUCGCUUGAAUGCUUCAAACCUCAUGCACGACAUUGACCUAGCCGUCGAGCGGGGCCGAGACGCCGCUGAAUUAUCAUCGCGCGCCCGCAAAGAAGCUGAGCUUGGCAAUUUAGAGCUCAUCAUCUCCCAGGUGGCAGAACAGGCGAGCAGCAACGGCCCGACCGGUGGCCUCCUACAUCAGAUUCAAGACUUCAAUGCCUUUUUGGAACGCGCUGCCGCAGUGCUCGAGUCUAGAUGA